CUUGCCUUGAAGAUUCAACACGUGUAAUCUCCAUAGCUGUGACUUGCAACAAUUUAUUCCCUAACAGUGCCCAUUGGCUUCAAUAUAUAGAAAGGAUUCCUUAUAAUUUACCAUAUCCAAUUACACCAUCCUCUCAUCGUUGAUUGACGGGGCUGCUCGCAUUGAAAGGAAUAUUAUAUCCACGGUAUCCUCAGACAUUAUGAUUCGAUAUAAACCCACCCGUGUUACACUCGAGGAGAGUGAUGUCCACGAUUGUCUAGAAAGAUUGCUCCUGCGGCAUACCCGGUUCGUUGAACGGCAGGAGCAAGAUACCGAUCAGAGCGACAGUGAGAACAACGAGAGUGCAUCUGUAGACUCGAAUAGCUUCUCUCCAUAUGCACACUCUGAUGGAUCCAGCUGCGAUAAAGACUUGCAUUCACUGUUCAGCGAAAGCCCAUCACAGGAAAGCUGGCAACGAAACCGCCGUUUUUUCUCUGUGUCCCCAUCCAUUGAGGCGCAUAGCUUAUCUCCAUCUGAAGAAUCACAAUGGGGCGGUAUGACCUAUAAAAACCAAUCAUCAUCACUAACUAGUGCAGCUGUGGAGAGACCAGAUCCGCUAAUCGCAUUCAAGGAUUACCAAUCCUUUGUUAGCACUGAUUAUCUUGGGUUAGGGUCAUUGUCAAAAGGCAUUCACUGGCAAUCUCCUGUCAAGCCACUAGUGGCAUGCUGUGCCGAACCGCUGUAUCAUUCACUGAGGGCACACUCUCUGUUCUCGGCCUUAUCAAGAAAGUCCCUAUCGCGAUGGGAAAACUCCAUCAACACAGCAUGGGAAAGGGUGAAACAGUUCUUUGUGACCUCUGAAGAUCACACCAUCUCAGAACACUCCCUGUGUUAUGACCCACAAGAAACAAAUAUCUCUGAUGUGACUCUUCCUGCAGUUUUCUCAGCACACAGAAUUCUGGCCGAUCACAGCUCCUACCCAGGAGAGGGGAACACAACUGACAACACAGGACAUGCCCAAACCCUGUCCAAAUCAGGAAGCGCUGAUGCCAACGUCGAGCCUCGAGAGAAGACGAUAGUACCCAGACAAUCCGAAGGCUCGGCCCAGUCUCCUAAUUGCCUUACCAUCACAUGUUUAGCUGAGAACACCAGUUUGCAAGCAAGCCCAAUGACAGAACCUGCAAGGAAGACCCUUAAGACUACAGAAGGUAGUAAGAUCGACACGUCUGUUCCAUCACAUGGCGAACAGGCUGGACUUACAGUUCACCAUAACAAGGGCUCUGAUACCGAAUCCCAAAUAUCGGAAGCUGAGUUACCGCAUAAAACUUGCGAUGCGGCAUCCUUAGACAUAACUUCAAAUAAGACUAUCAGGGCAAGACCUGGUAAAAGAAGUUCGAGGCCUCUUCCCGAGAUUAUUGGUAGAAACAAAAAAGGCAAUGAAUAUGAUAUGUAUAAGGUGUGCAACUUGCCUGCCAGCACUGAACGUGAUCCGCAUGACGCGUCAUUCACACACAGCCGCAAAGGCACAUCCAACGGUGAUGCCGCAAUUCGGCCUCCACUGCCUGCCACACAGAUCGAGGAUGGCGCGGCAGAGCCUAACGCCUUGAUGUUCUCUAAAGAAGAGAUGGAUCGAAUUGGCGCUAUGUUGUACCGAGAAGCUGACGCAGCGCUGCGAGGUCUUAUUAACAGUCAAUGCGAAGGAGAGCUUAUUGUAGAACCAGACUUGGUGGUGUCUACGAGUCCAAAGGAGCAUGGCGGACAAGAUAAUGUGUUAGAUCCACAUGGCGGCCGCUUGGAGCCCGCCGGUAAAGAACGAGAGCCAAGUCAGCAUAUCAUGCGAGCAUCUGUGCAAUUUCAGGAUCAAGUCAACAGUAUGAUGGCUGAGCUCUAUCAUCAGGUCGAAGACAAGGCUGACGACUUUGGACUGGCCUCGCUUAGGCGGAAACCAUUGGGUGAAUGGUAUAGAGGCACCUAGAUUCGAGUGGGACUGGCAAGCUUCUGGAAUGGGUCGGAUGAAAUCCACACAAUUUCACAGCACCCAUAAUAAGCCGGGUGUCUUACAAGUUCCAGGUUACUUCUUCCAAUAAUAGAUCAACCGCAACAUAUGUUUCACAUUAAGCGUGUGGUCUGGAUCUGGCUUAUAAUUGAUGUGGUGAAGGAUCACCUAAGUAGUAUCUAGACCCUUGCAGUGACCAAUACAGAGACUCAAAGAAUUAAGUGCGUCUUCCCCAAUCCUCAUCGUUCAGUCCUGUACCGGUUGGAUGAUA